AUUCUUUUGCAGGGUCAUGUAGGGAUCCCACCCCUUCUCUGUGUUUUCACUCUGAAGCUCUACACAACUUUACACCUGAAUGAACGCCAAACCUCAGUGGAUAUAUAAAGGGAACCUUGAGGAGGAAUUUCACAGUUACAGUGCAGAAGCAGAGGGAAAGGAAUUAACCAGCUCUCCAGCCAAGCAAAUCCUCUACUCACCAUGCUUCCUCCUGCCAUUCAUUUCUAUCUCAUCCCCCUUGCAUGCAUCCUAAUGAAAAGCUGUUUGGCUUUUAAAAAUGAUGCCACAGAAAUCCUUUAUUCACAUGUGGUUAAACCUGUUCCAGCACACUCCAGCAGCAACAACACUAUGAAUCAAGCCAGAAAUGGAGGCAGGCAUUUCAGUAACACUGGACUGGAUCGGAACACUCGUGUUCAAGUGGGUUGCCGGGAACUGCGUUCCACCAAAUACAUCUCUGACGGCCAGUGCACCAGCAUUAGCCCUCUGAAGGAGCUGGUGUGUGCUGGCGAGUGCUUGCCCCUGCCAGUGCUCCCCAACUGGAUCGGAGGAGGCUAUGGAACAAAGUACUGGAGUAGGAGGAGCUCUCAGGAGUGGAGGUGUGUCAAUGACAAGACACGUACCCAGAGAAUCCAGCUGCAGUGCCAAGAUGGCAGCACGCGCACCUACAAAAUCACAGUGGUCACCGCCUGCAAGUGCAAGAGGUACACUCGGCAGCACAAUGAGUCCAGUCACAACUUCGAGAGCAUGUCGCCUGCAAAGCCAGCCCAGCAUCACAGACAGCGGAAAAGAGCCAGCAAAUCCAGCAAGCACAGCAUGAGUUAGAACUCAGACUCUCAAAACUGGACUGACUAGUAACCAUCCGCUUUACAGAUUUGAUUGCUUGGGAGACUCAAGCCUGCCAUUGCUAUUUUCUUACUUGAAAAUAUAUGCUUUCUUCUUUGUUCAAACCCAGCAAGCUGUCCUAAGUAUCAGGACUUCCUUUUCAAGCUUUUUAAGAUGUACGCAUAUCUGUGAGAGCAAUUUGCAUUUAAAUUCCACGCAUCCCGUAGUUUUAAUUCUCCGUGGUUCUUGAAAGACUGGUGAUGCUAUAUACAUCACUGAGUCAUUACUUUUUAAAACAGAAAAGGGCUUCUCAGUUACCCUCUACUUCCCAAACCAUCCCACCCCCCCCCCCCCCCCCCCCCAAAACCCUUUCAGAAGUGAAAAGUAAAAAAAAAAAAUUGUUGCCGUGAAUCUUCACGGUAACACUUCAGAACGGUGCUUUUUGGUGAUCUUCAUGGGAACAGCUUAGCAGCCAUGAGUGAUCUCUCUUUGAAAGAGUGAAAGACCUUGUGACAUUUCACUUCAAAAAUAAGCCCUGUAGCUUUUUACAGUCUCAUAGUAUGAAAUUAUACCUUGCAUGCUGACCCUCGCUUGGAAUGGAAUGCCAAAAAUGCAUGACAGCAGCUAAUAAGUAAAGCUGAUUAACUAUUUAUUUGUCAAUGUUAUUAUUUAAUGAGCUUUCACAUGUGAUUUUUUUCAAAAUGUUAAUUUUUUAUGUUUUGGAGCUUUUUCAUGUACCUAAAUAUUUUCCUGUAUGAUUUGUGGUUGAUCUAGAAAUAUGAGGAUACCUGUUGUAGAUAUGUGAAAUAAAUAUUUUAGUCUCCUUAUUACUUAUGUGUUUCAUCACGAACUUUAUCAAUAGUGUGAAUCUUUUAAAAUCAAUAAGAUGCUUUGUUAAGCUGAAAUACGUAAUACUUUUGUGUUUAAUCUGUGCAAUCAGAAGGUAAUUUGACCUUCAAUUCCAUCAGUUUCUUUUGACAAAAAUAAACACUGCUAAAAGUUAUUGUCGCUGCCUGUAACGUGUAUGAAAAGGUACGUGUUUACAAAACUUACAGAGUAAAUGUAUCAGAGUAGUUGCUUUUUUUGAUAAGGAACAUUCAAGUUUUGAUAGAAAAUUCUGUAGUAAGAGAGAGAGACCAAAAAAGGGAAACCAUCUUUUCAGUAAAUGGAAUGAUUGAGAAAAUCGGGUGGAAAUCCAGCAGUGAGUUAUAAUGAGAAUAUCAUAUUUAUAUACAUCCGGAGAUGCCAAGUCUGCUACCAAUUAUAAUUACCUGGGGGAGAUAUUAUAAGACCCAAUGUCCAGGCUGCCAUCCAAAUUAUAUCAUAAUUUCUGGGAGUGGAAGUCAGAUAUCAGCAGUUUUUAAGGUUUUCCAGGUGAUUCCAACGUGCAGCCAAGUUUGAGACAGGAAUUGUGAAGAAAUCACAAUCAUACAUUGGGGAGCUUCAAAUACUACUGUAUGACCCUCAAAUGAAAAAAGUGAAACAAAAUAAAAACAACAAAGAAAACAAAAACUAAUUUUUCAAUGUUUUCAAUUUUAACAUGUUCUUAUAUUAAGCAACAUAAUCACAGUCCUGAACCAGAUUAUAUAGUUAAGUGACUGAUGUGUGAAUUCAAUCAAAUGAUUGAUCCCAUCACUCCAAAUGAAGAAUACCAAAGAGCCUUAGUUAUAUAUCGAUAAGAUCUUCUGGGUUUUCCUUUUUUGGAUCCUGAGCAUGAAGGAGUCCUUGGUACUCCUUGGUAGUAGGUUGUUCUUUUUGUAAUUACAUGUCUAAAAGUCUCAUGUAAUCACAUAAAGCAUAAUAGGCUAAAUAAGGAUAUUAAUAUUGUUCCUUAUGAGAGGCAGGAGAAUCUCAACAUACAUGAAGACAAGAAAGCAUCCCUGAUUUUAUAAUAAUGUUAAUUAUUGUAUCAUCAAAUAAAGUAAUGAUUCAUAGUCCA